AUGGCAAGCGGGGCACAACCAGGCCCAUUGGUGCCUCCACGCAAUGGCACAACGGGCUGGAUUUCUACCAGCGAUGAGAAUCCACAAAUCCAACAUUGCAUAGUCACCGUCCAUUACAAUCCCAUCAUCGCCACCAUAUUCGGACUUUACGUAGUUAUCGGAUUAGUUUACACAUUUGCAGGCUACAGAUUUUUCAAGACGACAAUGUUCCUCACCGGAUUUAUUUUUGCUUGUAGUUUGGUGUAUUUGAUCUGUCUGCAGGGUGAUCUUUUACCAAGUUACGGAAACGCAGCUGUAGCAGCACUAGCAGGAUUAUUAUUCGGACUAAUCACAAUGCUAGUUCAGUAUGUAGGACUUUUUAUAAGCGGCCUGCACACUGGAUUAUUGUUGGGCUUCGCUGGGCUACUGGUAGCCGACCAUAUCACUGAAACCUCCCCGAAAGGAAGCGUUUGGUUGUGCAUUGCUGUACUACUUGGUUCUGCACUUAUCUGUGCUAUUGUUAACUUGUAUUUUAGAAAAGGUUUAACAAUUAUUGGGUCCAGUUUAUACGGUGGAGCAAUAUUAUCAGUCACCAUCGACUAUUUUCUGGAAAAUCUAUCGAUGUUGUCUUGGGUAUGGCAACGAGUGUCGCUCAAACCUGUACAACCGCCCCCUUGUUGGUUCUCUUGGAUGGUUUUGGGAUCGUGGCCGCUACUAGUUUUGAUUGGAAUUUUAGUGCAAUCAUUUAUAACUGGCAGGGGACAGCAUCACGAAGACAUUGCUGCAGGAAGGAAAAAUCCAAGAGUACCUACAUCUAUGCGAGCAAUGACUAAAAUGGACAGAGCAGAAAUGAGGCAGAAAAAAUACAGAUAUCUUUAUCAAGUGCGUUCAGCUCAUGGAGAUAUAAUCAGUCAGAAUUUCGUGCAACAAAUGCAAAAAAAGGAUAACUUUGACCAAGGAGGUGAGUGCAGCACUCUACAAUCUGAUGCUACACAUCUUACAAUGUUACCCGAUAACCAUUUGGUGAUACUGACUGAAAGCGAGGAUGACAACUAUCAUCAUCAACGGCCAGACAUGAUGCGUGGGGGGCGAAAAUAA